GCCCCGCGCCGGCGGCAGCGGCUGUGCGCGCCCGGGCGGGGAGCGGCCCCCGCGCCUCCCGCGCCUCCCGCGCCGCCGCCGCCGCCGCCCCUGCGCCUUUGUCCUCUGCUCGCCUCCCCGCGGCGCGCGGCCGCAAGAUGGCCGAGGGCUACGAGGACCCGCGGGAGGACGAGCUCCCGGGCCCGGCCUGCGAGGGCUGCGAGUCCGCGGAGCUCGCCUGCCCCGCCGAGCGCAGCGGCCACGUCGCCGUGAGCGACGGGCGCCGCAUGUUCGUGUGGGGCGGCUACAAGAGUAAUCAAGUCAGAGGAUUGUAUGACUUUUAUCUGCCUAGAGAAGAACUCUGGAUCUACAACAUGGAGACUGGAAGAUGGAAAAAAAUUAACACUGAGGGUGAUGUCCCUCCUUCUAUGUCAGGAAGCUGUGCCGUGUGUGUAGACCAGGUGCUGUACUUGUUUGGAGGACACCAUUCAAGAGGCAAUACGAAUAAGUUCUACAUGCUGGAUUCAAGGUCUACAGACCGAGUAUUACAUUGGGAAAGAAUUGACUGCCAAGGAGUUCCUCCAUCAUCAAAGGACAAACUCGGUGUCUGGGUAUAUAAAAACAAGUUAAUAUUUUUUGGAGGGUAUGGAUAUUUACCUGAAGAUAAAGUAUUGGGAACUUUUGAAUUUGAUGAAACAUCUUUUUGGAAUUCAAGUCAUCCAAGAGGAUGGAAUGAUCAUGUACACAUCUUAGACACUGAAACACUGACCUGGAGCCAGCCUAUAACUGCUGGUAAAGCACCUUCACCUCGUGCUGCCCAUGCCUGUGCAACUGUUGGAAACAAAGGCUUUGUGUUUGGAGGAAGAUACCGAGAUGCUAGAAUGAAUGAUCUUCACUAUCUUAAUCUGGAUACAUGGGAGUGGAAUGAACUAAUUCCGCAGGGCACGUGCCCAGUCGGCCGAUCUUGGCACUCACUAACACCAGUUUCUUCAGAUCAUCUCUUUCUCUUUGGAGGAUUUACCACGGAUAAACAGCCACUAAGUGAUGCCUGGACUUACUGCAUCAGUAAGAAUGAAUGGUUACAGUUUAAUCAUCCCUAUACUGAAAAACCAAGAUUAUGGCAUACAGCUUGUGCCAGUGAUGAAGGAGAAGUCAUUGUGUUUGGUGGGUGUGCCAAUAACCUUCUUGUCCAUCACAGAGCUGCACACAGUAAUGAAAUACUUAUAUUUUCAGUUCAACCAAAAUCUCUUGUAAGGAGACAGAAGAAGAAAGCUGGGUCAGGAGUCUUUAGUGGGGCUCCUGAAACAAUCCACUGCAGACACCAAGGGAUGACUGUACAGCAUUUUAUCAUAUGGAACUCACAUUUUAAGAUGUUCUGCAAUUUAAAGCCAAAAGCAUUUAACUUCCAGCAGAAAAAGUCUUCGGUUCACUUUGCUGGUAAACCAUACAUCAAAAAUCCAGACAUGAAGGCUAGAAGCUCAGACCCUGGUAUAAAAAGAGGAGAGAGCAAUCUUCAAGAUCUACUGUAAGAAUCAACCAACAUACUUUUCUUAGAUACCACAGUGAGUACUGAAAAUUCCCAAGCACAUAUAUACAAAUCCUGAAUAUAUAUUCCAAACGCAUCACUAACUGGAACUCUGGAACCUAGACAGUACACAUGCCAAUUGCACAGAGCCUUCAAAACAGAAAGGCCCUAAUGCAAGGGGGUAUCCUGGAUUGAACCCUGGGAAAGAAAAAAGAACAUGAGUAGAAAAACUGGUGAAACCCGAAUAAAGUCUGUAGUUUAAUUAGCAGUAAUGUAUCAAUGUGAAUGUCUUAGUUUUGACAACUGUACCAUGUUUAUG